AUGACCGACGAAGAGGAAACGGAGGAGAUUAGCAAGGAGAUCGAGGCUACGGGCACGGAAGAGGUAGGAACGGCCCUUUUAAAUUAUCAAAGGGAUUCGGAAACGGACCUUCAAGGGACUUCGGAUUCGGAAAUGAGCCUUUUAAAGACUUUAGAAAAAGACGGACCAUCGGCAAUUAUAUCGAUAACCUUUUAUCGAUCAGACCAUUGGUUAAGCAAAGCACGCUUGCAUUUGAUCAAGAAAGAGAAUUUAAGGACUUCGCUUAGCGAGUGCUUUGAGAAGCUCGUUAAAGAGCUUAAAAGGAUUCAAAGCUCUUUACGACCAGGUUUAAAAGAUAAUCGAAGUCUUGCUAACAAGCUGUAUUCAGCUUAUAAAAACGUGCUAAAGACUACGAUUGCACGAAUGAACCUUGCUUUUACUUUUAUUGCCGCAAUUGCUGAUAUUCGCAAGGCUAUUGCGUUUGCAACUAAGACCUCUCGACCUCUUGCUAAAGCGAAAGCUGACUUCGAUUUGGACGAAGAAUACGAAUGCUUUAUUCAAGACCGCUAA